ACGUUUAUCAUAGAUAUCGCAGCAUGUUUGCCAUUUGUUGGAUUUACUGUAUCUGUAACCCGUGACUGCAUUUGGUGUUACCUUGUAGUAGGGCACUAGCUGCGUUUAUACAAAAGUGAAAGUAGCAGGCCUUUUACGUUAAACAAAUACGGAAAAUGGCGGAUUUGAAAAGCGAAAUAGAAGGACGCAAUGCAGUUUUCCAAGCCAUGUUUAAGGCGGGAAAAUUCAAGGAGGCUGCUGAAGUGUAUGCACCCGAUUGUAAAGUUAUGCUGGCCCACCGAAACCCUAUAGAAGGCAGAGACAAUGCUGAAAAAAUGCUAGAAGGCAUGUGGAAGAGUGGCUCACCUGACCUGUCUUUGGAAACUGACGAAGUCGGGCCAUCUGGUGGAGAUUUUGCGUUUGAGCGUGGUCACUACCGACUAAUAUGUGAUGAUGGUACUGAUAAGGAUGCUGGAAAGUAUGUGGUUGUGUGGAAGCGAGUUGAAGGGAAAUUGUGUAUGUAUUUGGACAUCUUAAACAGCAGUUUGCCAGCGUAGCCACUGAUGACGGCAAUCUGUUUUUAGGAUACUUAUUGGGUCUACCAUCAAUCUAAUUAAAUAUGUAGUUGUGCAUGUAAGAAGGAAUUAGGAACAAAAUAAAAGUAUUUGUGAAUUUUCUUUCCUUUAGUUAAUCCAGUGUCAAUUUUUUUUAUAAGUAAAUGUUGUUUUGACUUAAGACUUGACAUUUUAAUACUUUCAUUAUACAGCGCCUGUAUGCUGUUGAUCUCCCUAAUGCUUUAGGAUCUUUCAUAAUGCAAUAGUUUUCUCGGAACGAUCAAUGAAAAACAUUUAUUUAUUUAUUUAUUAUUAUUUUAUUCAUUUUCUUACGAUUUUAACAUAUCAAUUUUCAGAAUUACCGGUAUUAUUUUAAUAAAUCUGUGUCUUAACAUCAA